AUGACUAUUAAUGUUUCAUUUAAAGUUACUGGAGGUAAAGAGUUUACGAUAUCAAUUGAACCGACAAUAACGGUCAUUGAAUUAAAACAAAAAUGUGCUGAGCAUGUAGAUAUACCCGUUGAAUCUCAGAGAAUUAUAUUUAAAGGGAAAAUAUUAAAAGACAAAGAACCAUUAACUUUAUAUAAUGUAGCUGAUGGAAACGUAAUGCACCUAGUUCGUAGUUCUGUUCCAGCAAAGGAUUCUGAACCCGAAAAAGAAAGUAAUAAGGAAAGCAACUCCGCACCAGAUCAAAACCAAGGCAUAAAUGAAAACUUAAACAAUUUUAAUGACAAUCCCUUAGUACAAAUGUUGAUGCAAAGAGGAGCAGGAGUUGAUAUGAAUAGCUUUGGGCAAGGACUUGGAGGUGGAGAUUUCAAUUAUGGAAAUUUAGCAAGCAUGCUAAAUCCAAAUGGAAAUGGUGAAUUUAAUAGAGAAAGUAUAAGUUCUUUAUUAAAUAACCCAUUAGCUAGAUCAUUAAUGAAUGAGCUUAGUAACAAUCCGGAAAUGCUAACAAACUUAAUAUCUAAUAACCCAUUAUUAAGAAAUACAUUUUCUCAAAGUCCCCUUAUGCAACCUAUGUUGGAUAAUCCAAACUUGUUGAGAGAAUUUAUGAGACCUGAAGUAUUACAAGCAGGUUUACAAAUAGAAAGUGCAUUAAAUAAUAGUCAAAAUAAUAAUAACAAUAAUGGUCAAGGAGGUUUAAGAAUGGAAGAUUUAUUAAGUAAUUUAGGCAAUUUUGCCAACCCCAAUGCUGGCUUAAAUAGUUCUAAUGACAAUAAUGCCAAUAAUCUUAAUUCCCUUUUUCAAUCUCCUGAAUUAUUACAAACUUUUCAACAAGUUAUGAGAGGAAACCCUAAUUUAGGAAAUUUUGACUUUGCAAGUUUAGCUCAAAAUUUAAAUUUAAACACACCAAAUGCAACUGAUAAUAGGCCACCUGAAGAAAGAUAUGCCUCUCAAUUGGUAAGCCUUCAAGAAAUGGGAUUUAUUGAUAAUGAUGCAAAUAUUCAAGCUUUGCAAGAAACAGGAGGAGAUGUCAAUUCUGCAGUUACACGUCUAUUAGAAAGGGGAUUUAAUUGA